AUGGCCGCCUCGGCAAUCGUCGGAGGAUCCGGCUUUGGCAACUGGGCUCGUCUGGCGGCGCAGCAGUCGCUGUCACAGGAUCAGCUUCUCGAAUUCGAAACAUUUGGAAACGUGUCCCUCAUUCAUGUCACCGACAUCCAUGCCCAACUGAAACCGGUCUAUUUUCGGGAACCUUCGGAAAACAUAGGUGUUGGCAGCAACAAGGGCGCCGUCCCGCACGUAACUGGCGCAAGGUUUCGCAGCCUUUAUGGGAUCGAGGAUGGCAGCCCGAGCCAUUAUGCCCUGAGUUCCGGCGAUUUCGCCUCUUUGGCAAAAGGCUAUGGGCGUGUCGGUGGACUGGAUCGCGUGGCCACUGUCAUCAAGGCCAUUCGUGCGGACCGGCCGGAUGCCAUCCUGCUGGAUGGAGGCGAUACAUGGCAUGGGUCCUAUACCUGCUACAAGACGGCGGGCCAGGACAUGGUCAAUGUCAUGAACGCCUUGAACCCGGACGCGAUGACAUUUCACUGGGAGUUCACACUCGGCAGCGAUCGGGUGACCGAGAUCGUCGAAAACCUUCCCUUUGCCGCGCUUGGCCAGAACAUAUUCGAUGUGGAAUGGGACGAGCCGACGGAGCUUUUCCCGCCUUACAAGAUGUUCGAGCGCGGCGGCACGAAGGUUGCGGUGAUCGGGCAGGCAUUCCCUUACAUGCCGAUUGCAAACCCUGGCUGGAUGUUUCCGGAAUUCGCGUUCGGAAUUCGGGACGAGAACAUGCAGGCCAUGGUGGACGAAGUUCGCGCUGAUGGUGCGGAAUGUGUUGUCGUCCUGAGCCACAACGGCUUCGAUGUCGACAAGAAAAUGGCAACGGUUGUCGAUGGCAUCGACGUCAUACUUUCAGGCCAUACCCAUGAUGCGCUUCCCGAACCCGUCCUUUCCGGGAAGACGAUCAUCGUGCCGUCCGGGUCCAACGGAAAAUUCGUCAGCCGGGUUGAUCUGGACAUCCGGAACGGUCAGCUGAUGGGAUAUCGGCACAAGCUCAUUCCCGUGUUUGCGGACGUCAUUGAGCGGGAUGCCGAAGUAUCUGCCCUGAUCGAUGAGCAAAGAGCCCCUUAUCUAAAGGACAUGUCGGAGGUCAUCGGCAAGACCGAAAGCCUUCUGUACCGGCGCGGCAACUUCAACGGCACCUGGGAUGACCUCAUCUGCGAUGCGUUGAUUUCCGAACGCGAUGCGGAAAUCGCGCUCAGUCCCGGUGUGCGCUGGGGGCCGUCACUGAUCCCGGGUCAGGACAUCACGCGCGAAGACAUUUUCAAUGUGACGUCGAUGACCUAUGGCAAGGCAUAUCGUACUGAAAUGACCGGCGAAUUUCUAAAGAUCGUGUUGGAAGACGUGGCGGACAACAUCUUCAAUCCCGAUCCCUACUACCAGCAGGGCGGCGACAUGGUUCGAACCGGUGGGCUUGGAUACAGGAUCGACGUCAACAAGCCUCAAGGCGACAGGGUUUCGAAUAUGACGCUGCUGCAAAGUGGCGAGGCCAUAGACCCGGCGAGAUCCUACGUUGUUGCCGGCUGGGCCAGUGUGAACGAAGACACCGAGGGUCCGCAGAUCUGGGACGUUGUCGAGAACCAUGUUCGAAACCUCGGCAUCGUGACGGCGCGGGAAAACAACAGUGUUGAAGUGGUUGGUGCUUAG